GACCAUCAGCAGAGGAACAAAUCCAGCAAGGCAGACUUCAGAAAGAAGAAAAUAAUGACAUCCCCUUAUUUUCUUAUGAACAAUAUUUUGGAAGGAACCCUCAAAUGUUUUGCACCUGAAAGAAAAACAGAUUUCAGCAAUCAUACAGAUACAAACGAACAGCUGACAGAACAAUUAAGUUAUGAAAUUAAACACAGGUGAAAUACACAACCUUUAUCUAUGAGAACAGUUAAAAACAUAUAUAGCAAAAUGCAUAUGAAAUCCUGUAGGCAGUUACUUUUUAAUUCUUGUAAAGACAACACAAAAUUGACUACUACUGGUUGCCAACCAGUCUACGAUAAGCAUUGUUAUGGUAACUGCAAACUGCCAGUUCUAGCAUCAACUUACAGAGUAAUGAAAGUCUAUGAGCCGGUGAAUCAUGAGACUGACAGCCCCCCUGCGAACUGUAGUGGUUCUGCUCCUGGUGGGCUUCACCUGGCUGCUCGCAAGCUCAUUAUUUGGAGGAGACAGCAGUUUAUCUGUGCGAAACAUCUUCACUGGCACAAAAGAAGAGCCAACCCAACGUAAGUAUGAAAGACAAACUGAACCACGUCCUCGGAGAUACAAAUGUGGACUUUCAGCACCAUGUCCUCCAAAGCAUUUGGCUUUCCGUCUGGUGUCUGGAGCUGCAAACGUCAUUGGCCCGAAAAUCUGCUUGGAGGAUAAGAUGUUAAUGAGCAGUGUGAAAAACAACGUUGGUAGAGGACUUAAUAUAGCUUUGGUUAAUGGGGUGACAGGUGAGCUGUUGGAGACUAAAACCUUUGACAUGUGGGCAGGAGAUGUGUCCAACUUAUUGAAGUUUCUGCGGCCCCUUCAUGAAGGAACACUUGUGUUUGUUGCUUCUUUUGACGAUGCUGCUACAAAGUUUUGUAAUCGAAGAAAAAAAAAAACACAGUGGCUGCUGAAAUGUCUGAGUGGCCGACUGAAUGAUGAGUCUAGACGUUUGUUUGAGGAGCUCGGUAGUACAGCUGUGAAGGAGCUGGCCUUCAGAGACAGCUGGGUGUUUGUUGGAGCCAAGGGCAUCGAGAACAAGAGCCCCUUCGAGCAGCGCAUGAAGAACAGUAAGAGCGGCAACAAAUAUGAAGGCUGGCCCGAGUCCCUGGAGAUGGACGGUUGUAUUCCCCUGCGGCCGCCCCUUGAAAGUUAAUUCUGCUUCUGAUAGUCUCUCAGACGUCACGGCGAUGCCUGAAGUCUCAGCAGGGAAACAAAGCGACUGCAGAAGGCCUACAAGCUUCUGAACACCUGAAGGACACACAAGUAAUAUUUUCUUUUGGAAAAAGGAAUAAACUGAAUGUACAGAUUACGUUUUAGCUGGAACCAAUUUGUACAAGAUUUCAGACUAAGCUUUCUAAGCUGCUUUUUAGCUGAGGAAAUAUUCUAGAAACAAUGAAAAUUAUAUCAAGGUAAGAAAAUCUUGAUAUAAUUGUUUGCUGGCCAAAGUGUAACUUUAAUGAGUGAAUAUAGCUUGACUGAAAUUUCUAAACCUCUUAUAAAAAUAUAUAUCAGUGACGUGCGGUGAGGUGCAUAAUCAGAUGUACAAAUGUGCAAAAUAUGUGACGAUUACUCAUUCAGUCUGCCAAAACAAACAAAAAAAUCAACACGUGCACAACUCUGGAGGGCAAAAAGACAAUUCUUUUACAUGCCAUCUAUUGCUGCGCUGCCAUGGUAGAAUAUCCCAUUAACUCAACGAAACUUGGAAAUGUAGGUAUUGUUAAUUAUGUGCUGUGCUGCACAGCAAAGGGAAAAACCACAACUCAAAACCACAGUCUCUCUCGCUCUUCAUUGGCCAGCCUCCACACAGAGUUUUUGCCAUAGCAACUGACAACAACCCUAAAAAAAUCACGAAACUAUUUCCCACACAAAGAGCAGAACAUUCAGUCUGUUGCAGUGAUUUGGUUUUAGGCUCAAUGUUUCUUUUGCGAUUUUUAAGAAGUGAUUGCUGUGGUAAGAGGAGAAACCUAUAAAUAUGUCGCUGCACUUGAAGUUACUGUAUGGCCAGUUCGCUGUUGCCAUCUCUUACUCUGCAAUUGUGGAGUCACAAUGUCCGGGAUCAUGAGCGCCCCCUGCCAUGAGGCAAGAGAACUGCUCGAAUCUGUUCUCUGCCAUUUAUGAUAGCUUCUCUGCACACAACACGUUACACACACAGUUGGUGACAAAAAGCACUGCACAUUAUUUACAUAAGGUGCAUGACUUUGUGUUUAUGAUGUAAAGCACUUUGAAAUGCCUUGCUGCUGAAAUGUGCUAUACAAAUAAAAUUUGAUUUGAUUUGAUAAGCUAAAUUAUGGAAAAUCAGUUCAUACAUUAAAAGUUUUUUUAGCCAUUUUAUUGGCGCCGUACAGACAGGAGGCGCGUGCUCUCAUAGAGCGGCAGCCAGUGCACUUAGUGAGAGGUUGAUCAAUCCAAGGUGAGGCUCAGCUCGCUGCUUUCUCACCAGCUGCACUUCCGAACAUUUGAAUGGGAAACUGAGAAAAUUCAGCGAUUUUGAAGAAAAAAUAAUCAAAAUUGGUUAAGAUAAAUGAAAAAUAAAUACUUCAAAGUACCAACCACAGGGUGAAAAUAGCAAUAUAAAUUAUUUUAUCAUUUUAUUUUCCGUUAUGACAGGUGAGGCUCUGCCACACUUGCCUCCCCUGACCGCAAGUCACUGAUAUAUAGAUAUAUCUACAUAUCUCUGUAGAUAUAUAUAUUGCCUUUAGAGUUUGAGCAACAGAAUGCAGUUAAAUAUUUGCACAUUGUGAUUAAAAAAAAAUAAAUCUCACUCCUAAUCAACAUAUCAGAAAAAACCUGGAAUUACCAUGGGCUCUGUGGAUAGAUUUAAUGCUUGCAUACUUAAAUACAGUGUCAUAAAUAUAAUUCAAACUCUACUAGCAUUAACUGCCAUAAUGUCCAUAGAACUUGAUGCACCAGAUGCUGAAUACAUGUUUACAGAUUCCUUUGGCCUUAAGCGAUACACAGACAGAAUAAAACUAUUUAUUUUAAAAUUUUCUACGCCAAAAACAAGUUAUAAUUUAAGUUUGCCUUGAAUGGUUUUGCAGUCUCAGGUCAAGAAGCAUUUUCCCACUGAGUUCUUUUCAAGCUUUUGCAUGUGGUUGAAUGUUUUUUUUUUUUUUGUCGGAAAUGAAUGUAUUCACUUGGCCUCUUUCAAGCCCAUAAGGAAAAAUGUGAAUAAUACACUAUUUAAUGUUUAGACUUCAAGAACAUUUUAAAACACUUGAUUAUGUUAAUUUUGUGUAAAUAUAAUUUUCUAAAAACAGUGAAGUCUGUUACAUUGCAACAUCAACAAUGAAGAAUAAAGAAAACAAAUCCA